UUGUUGCUUUUGAAGAUAAUGAUGUUGAGGAAUUGGACGAUGAGGGGAAUGACGAGAGUAGUGAGUGGAAUGAUGUGAGAAAUGUGGGGAAUGACGAGAGAAGUCAGGGGAAUGACGAGAGAAAUGUGGGGAAUGAAAGAAGUGAGGGGAAUGACAAGAGAAAUGAGGGGAAUGACGGGAGAAGUGAGGGUAAUGAGAGAAGUGAGGGGAAUGACAAGAGAAGUGGGGGGAAUGACGAGAGAAAUGAGGGGAAUGGUGAGAGAAAUGAGGGUAACAUGAGGAAUAAAGUGGAAAAUAAGGGGAAGGAUGUGAGGAAUGAGAGGAGUAUGGGGAUGAAUGCAAGGAAUACUACAAAGAUCGAGAGGGAUAAUAAGACCGAUGAAAGAAAUGAGUCUAACGACGAGAGGAGCAAAGAUAGGGACGAGGUGAAGAGUGAGAGAAAAGUGCGGAAUGAUGAGAGGCAUAAGGUGAAUGCUCAGAAGAAUGAGAGAAAUAAAUGGAAGAGCGAAGGGACGAAUGAGAGGAACACAAGGGGCAAAUACGGGAAUGAUCAUCAGAAUGAAAGGGAUAAUGGGAACAAUAAAAAGAAUAAGGGGAAAAUAGAAGGGAAUGAGUGGAACAAAGAAGACAAAUUUCAAAAAAUAUUGCAACUUGUGUCUAUUGAAAUGGCUUGCAUUGAGAGGGAAUUGAAGGAAUCUUUCAAGGAUUUGGAGGAUUCUAGCCCUUUGAAAGGACACAAAAAAUUAGAAAGGAGUGAAACACAGAAGAAACGUGAAAUUGAAGAGGAGGAAUUAAAUAAAUUAUAUGUUGCAAAAAGGAAAAUUGAAAUUAACAUUGACAACGGAAGGCUAAACAAAGUUUUAGAUAAGUUAAAAGGUGGGUGA